CAUUGUAUACAAAUAAAAAACAUACAAGAUUUUGAUUCCCUGCAAUUUGUUUGCUAUUUAAAAUAUAUUUCAUCAGUUUAAUUGCGUUUUCAUUAAAUUGAAGUAAUAAACUGAAGUACACCAGUCAUUCAGGAACAACUUAAUGAAGUGUGCAUAAAGUAUAUGUAACUUAAAUAAAGCCGUAAAAUGAAUCAUGAAGUCCACCAGAAGCAAGAAUCUCACAGUGCCAACAACAGGGAACCGCAGAUAGACCUCUUCAGUAUAAUUGGCGGUAGUUGGCCACCCCCACCAAAAGAACCAGAGAAACCAAAAUAUGGCACAUUGCCACAAAGUUCUAAAAGAAUUAUGCAGCGAACAUCUCAAAAUGAAAGAGUGAAGUCAGUAAAUUUAAUCAAUCAUCUUGCACCAGAAAGGCGAAGGAAACCGACAGCUUCAAAUUCCUCUAUAACUAGCGAAACUAACAAUCCUUACACAAAAAUGGUACAUGAUACAAAAAAGAUUGAAACUGGUAUCCUUGUAGAUGUAUGCGGCAAUGACGCUCCCGAAGAAUUGUAUGAUACUCCAUCGUUGGGUUCUCCAAGGGCCGCCCAGCAAUCACGGCCGCAACCUCAGUCGCAAUCGCCGUUGCAUUUGCAAGAGGAUAUUGGAGUCGGUUCCUUAGUGGAGGUGGCUACGGAUGUUGAUCAACAUCAUUAUGGCGUCGUGAGAUGGAUCGGUGUUAUAGAUGACACAGCGACGGCGGGUGUGGAACUGGAGCAGAACGUGUGCGGGCUCGGCGACGGCACGCGCAACGGGCAGCGGCUGUUCGCGUGCGCGGCGGGCCGCGCGCUGUUCGUGCCGCUGCCGCUGUGCCGCCGCGACGCGCGCUUCCGCGACACGCCGCCGCCGGACCGCGGGCUCGCGCACGACGCGGAACAUUUCGAUCAGCCCGAUUGUCCCGUGGUGCCAGGCGUUGUAGCACCGUUAAACUCACUCGGAGAACUCGCGGGAAAGAACCGCGGGAUUCAAGGACAUCACAACUCCUGCUAUCUAGAUGCAACCCUAUUCGCUAUGUUCACAUUUACUAGUGUAUUUGACGCACUCUUAUAUAGACCUCCAGAACCUGAGGAUUCGCCUCACUACUCCGAGGUGCAGCGCGUGUUGCGAGAGGAGAUAGUGAACCCUCUCCGUCGUCAUGGUUACGUUCGCGCUGAUCGAGUCAUGAAACUGCGCACGCUAUUGGAGCGGCUCUCGGACGUGCCCGGACUCACUUCAGAGGAAAAAGACCCAGAAGAGUUUUUAAACGGUUUAGUAGCACAACUUUUGAGAGCAGAGCCAUUUUUAAAACUAUCGUCGGGCCAAGAGUCAUACUGUUACCAACUCUUUGUAGAGAAAGAUGAACAUGUCACAUUACCAAGCGUACAGCAGCUAUUGGAGCAGUCUUUCGCCACUUCUGGAGUUAAAUUAAGCGAGGUUCCAGCAGCAUUUAUAAUCCAAAUGCCAAGAUUUGGAAAAAAUUACAAGCUAUAUCAAAGAGUUCUGCCUUCGCCUCUAUUGGAUGUUACAGACUUGAUUGAAGGAUUGCCACGUCAAUGCAGCGUGUGCGGCGCGCUCGCGCGCUGGGAGUGCAGCGCGUGCGCGGCGGGCGGCGCGGUCGACUCCGGCGCACUGUGCAACUCUUGUCUGCGGCUGGCGCACGCGACUCGUUCGCAUAAGGCAACACCACUGUCGAUUUGUGAAGAAUAUGCCAACAUUUUGGAGUCUUGUCCCGUACCUCGAGUUUAUAUGGAGUUAUUUGCAGUAUUAUGUAUAGAAACGAGCCAUUAUGUCGCGUUUGUCAAGACAGGCGUAGCACACGACGCUCCUUGGUGCUUCUUCGAUUCUAUGGCUGAUAGAAAAGGCGAGCGCAACGGAUACAACAUACCCGAGAUAGUCGAGAUCGAGGAGCUGGGCGCGUGGCUGAGCGACGAGGGCGGGCGAGCGCUGCACGCGGCCGCGCCGCUCGACCGCCAGCUGCCCGCGCCCGCCAAGCGCCUGCUCGCCGACGCCUACAUGUGCUUCUACAGGAGCCCGGACGUCGCCAUGUACAGAUAGAGCGCUGCGCCGGUGAUGCCGUGACGUCACUGUCUAUGAAUAAUCCGCGGAGCCGCCGCGCCGCGCAACGACGCCUACAUGUACUUUUAUAGGAGCCCAGAUGUCGCCAUGUACAGAUGAACGCCGGUGAUGUCGUGACUUGUGACGUCACUGCCUAUUGAUAAUCCGCUGAGCCGCGUCGAGCCUGAUAGAGACUGCAGCAGAGACGUCACUAUAUACAGAGAGGCUGAUCGGGCCUAUAUUUAGUGUAUAACUUAUUAGUAGUGGCUAGGAGAAAGGGAAGGGGGGGGAUGAUUUUAUCUAUCAUAAUUUGACACUUGUGGAAGAGAAGGUAAAAAAAAAUUAUCACACUAUCACACUGAUAUUAUAAACUAGACGCUCAUCCCGGCUCCGCCUGUAUAUGAAGAUACUAGUUUUAUCCUAAGAAAGCAUUUAAUUCGGAUAAAUGUAAUCCUAUCACCCAAGUCAGGUCAAUCAUCAAAAUUAGUUCAGUAGUUUCAGCGUGAUUGACGGACAAACAUCCAAACAAACGAACUUUCACAUCACACUAAUAUUAUAAAUGUGAAAAACAGGAAUCAUAUCUGGGCGGAGCCGGGACGAACGUCUAGUAUGUUAUAUAGCCUUACAUGCUUUACGACAAAACAAGACAAGAAAUUUUGUGUGAAUCAUAAAAUACUGCACAUUGGAGUUUUAACUCUAUUGAAAAA